GAGUGCUACUGUAACUGACAGGAAAGCAGUAGAAGAAGAACAGUACGCUAUAUGAAUAGAUGUGUGCUGUAAUCACAAUGAGAGUUUCGUGUUAUAUCUAUUUAAUGAAAGUUUCUAGCUUUUAACAUGGAACAAGCACCACAGCAGCAGCACGGUUUCCUCUACUGCAGCUGCACCUCUCAAAAGGAGUAACACGUUUUGUGGAUGACAAACUGCUAAAGAAGUUUGUCAAGAUGAUGACUGAUCUCAUAGUGUUGUGUUUCACUUUGGCCAUCUCCUUGUCCUUUUGGAUCAUAUCCAUAGCUAUCAGCACUUACUCCGGUACAUUGCAGCCUGUGUCUCCAUGGCGAUGGCUGUUCUCAGUUCUGGUCCCGCUUAUUAUCACGUCUCGCGCUUUCAAGAAAAAGAGUCUCGAUUUUGGUGGUUGUUUGGGAGCAUUACUGGUUGGUUUUAUUCUCACCUUGGCCAACAUGAGCUUCCUGGCAGCUUUGUUUGCUUUCUUCAUCACCUCCAGCAAACUGACACGAUGGAAGGGUGCGGUCAAGAAACGCAUCGACUCAGAAUAUAAAGAAGGUGGCCAGAGGAACUGGAUACAGGUUUUCUGUAAUGGAGGUGUGCCGACAGAGCUAGCUUUGCUAUACAUGAUAGAAGUCGGUCCAGGAGAGAUGCCAGUAGAUUUUACGGUGCAAUACUCCGCAUCGUGGAUGUGCUUGUCACUCCUGGGAGCUUUGGCCUGCAGUACGGGUGACACUUGGGCUUCAGAAGUAGGUCCUGUUCUCAGUAAGAGCCAACCCAGGCUCAUUACCACAUGGAAGGAAGUCCCAGCAGGUACCAAUGGAGGAGUGACCAUCGUUGGUCUUGUAGCUAGCUUGCUUGGUGGAGCCACUGUGGGCGUGGCUUACUUCAUUUCUCAGCUCCUGAUGGUUAGCGAUCUGCAUUUGGCAGCCCCUCAGUGGCCUAUUGUCGUGUAUGGUGCUGUGGCGGGCUUCCUCGGCUCAUUGCUUGACUCUUUGCUGGGUGCAGUCAUGCAAUAUUCAGGCUAUGAUGAAAGCACUGGGAAGGUUGUCAACUUUGAGUCACCAAAAGUAAAGUGGAUAUGUGGGAAACCUAUUUUGGAUAACAAUGGUGUAAACCUCUUCUCCUCAGUCCUCAUAGCUCUGAUCCUGCCAGGAAUUGCAUGGGGCGUCUGGCCCACGCGCUGAUCCACUAAAGGCGACCAUGCACAACUGCAACUGGAUUUGCAACAAAUGUGCUUGCAAGCCAUUUACAUGCCGCUAGCUAGAAUGUUUUUAAUUUGGGAUCAUUAUGGACCUAACCUGGAGAUUAAAUCUUUAGAUCAAAAUCCAUCUGUGAUGAUUUACUGUGAAUGUUCAGUGUUGUUACUGUUUUAGUGAUUCUUAUUAAAGAUUUUUUAAAAGACA